AUGAUGAUAAUAAAGUAUUGGGAGAUAUUUUUAAUGGUGCUGGCAGAAGUACAGAUAGAUAGAUUCUGUGUGUCUGACUCGGAACUCAAAAAGCAUCAACUGCAAGCCGCACGUUCGUCAUCCCCUGUAAAACCCGCUGCUUCGUUGUCUGAGGAGGAGAUCGAAGCGGACGCGAAGAUAGGGUCUAGGGUUAAGGUAACGGCGCCGUUGAAGGUUUAUCAUGUGAACCGUGUUCCCGAGGUUUAUUUGGAAGGGAUGGAAGGUAAACUCAAAGAUUACGUGGCGGUGUGGAAAGGGAAAAGAAUAUCAGCUAAUAUUCCGUAUAAAGUUGAGUUCUUUCGUGGUAAUGUCAAGUUUGUUGCUCAUCUUAAGGAAGAUGAGUUUGUGUUCAUUGAUCUGUGAUGAUGAUGUGGAAACAACAAAAAGGAUUAUUCUUUGUUUCUUUUGUUGUGUUUACUUUAGGAUUUGUAUGUAUACUGAGAUGUAUGUGUAUACUUUUAGCAAUCAUAUAGUACAUAACAAGCUCUUGCUUUAA